ACUGACCGUAGCGAAGAGCCCGGACUUUGUUUACGUCCCGGUGGUUCGCUGACAGCUGUUGUGGCGCUUCACGCACGCAAACCACACCAACCGCAUCGUUCCUCUGAUAACCCGAAGCUCCGUUAGACUUUCAGAUGGGAUGCUUUGUUGAAUGAGGGGGAGCCGCUGCAUGCCGACGGGAGGAUGAACUCCAUCACCGGUCGGGCGCUCGCUCUCCCCGCCGCCUCUGUCUCCAACUCCGGAGCUUCAUCCUCCAGAGCCCUGCAUGUGGAGCUCACAUCGCAGCAGAGACGGUUGCGUCAUCUCCGGAGCAUCGCCGCCAGAAACAUAGUCAACAGGAAUGGCUCCCCUCUGCUGGACACUUACUUCACCCUCCACCUCUGUUUAGGAGAGCGCAUUUCCAGAGAUUUUUACAAGAGUGAAGUCAUUCGAGACUCGCUGAAUCCGACCUGGCGCAGCCUGGACUUUGGCAUGCUUCCAGACCUCCUCGACACGUCCGUGUCGUGCUUCGUGGUGAGGAUCUGGGGCGGACAGGGAGAGCAGUACCAGCUCCUCAUUGAGUGGAAGGUUAAUCUGGACGGACUCCGAUACACAGGACAGCAGAUACGAUCCAGGAAUCCAAAUGAGAUCAUAUUUGGACUGAAUGACGGCUACUAUGCAGCUGACUUUGAUCAUAAGGAUCAGUCGGAGAGGAAGAAGAACAGCCUUCUGCAGGUGGACCAGAGCGCCGUCAGAAACUCCUACAGCGUCUUCUCUCUGCUCAGGCUUCACACGGCCCAGCGAGCCAUCAAGCAGACCCAGGUGACCGUGCAGAAGAUCGGGAAGGAGAUCGAGGAGAAACUGCGGACGACGGCGGCGUGCACAGAGCGGAAGAAGGAGCGGGAGUGCAUGCAGCUGCGCAUCGCCGUGCUGAGGAGUGAGCUGCAGCGGCAGAGGAAGGCGCUGGGCAGGGAGAUAGACCUGCGACAGAAGGAGAGGGCGCAGCUGCAGAAGAAAGAGGAAGCAUUUUCUGCUCAGCACGAGUGUCUGAAGGAGGAGAAAGAAGCUUUAACCAAGCUGCAGAAGGAAUGCACAGCCAAGAGAGAACAGUUCCUCAAGUCCAACGCCCAGCUCACCUUCCGCUGCCGCCAGCUCCUCUCCGAGCUCUCCUACAUCUACCCCAUCGACGUGGCCAAUCAGUCCGACUACGUCAUCUGUGGAGUCAAGCUGCCAAACUCGGAGGACUUUCAAGCAAAGGAUGAUGGGAGCGUGGCGGUGGCCCUGGGAUACACGGCCCACCUGGUCCUGAUGAUCUCCUGCUUCCUGCAGAUCCCACUGAGAUACCCGGUGAUCCACAAAGGUUCACGCUCCUCCAUCAAGGACACCAUCACCGACAGACUCACCGAGAAGGAGAGAGAAUUCCCUUUGUACCCCCGAGGGGAGCGCUUUCAUUUCGAAUAUGGCGUCUACCUCCUCAACAAGAACAUCGCCCAGCUGAGAUAUCAGCAUGGCCUGACCACACCGGACCUGCAGCAGACGCUACCCAACCUGAAGAACUUCCUGGAACACGGCCUGAUGGUGCGAUGCGACCGGCAUCACAUCUCCAGCUCCAUCCCGGUUCCCUCCAAAUCCCAGCUGGGUGUGUCGGCUGCCUCAGAGAUGGGCUUCACCUCUCACAUCGGCUCUCCAGACCGAGGCCUGAGGAAGAGGGCGAGCUCGGAGGCGGAGGCGGAGCUAAAGUACAGGCCCACCCCUCCGCCCAGCUACAACACGGCCACGACCGAAGCGCCGCCCCCGGCCGGCCUGGCGCCGCCCUCGCCUUCACCCAAACACCUGACCUCCUCCCUCGACGCCACCAUGGCCUCGCUCAACCUCACGGGGACGAUGGAGGCCGGCGAGGAGGCGACGCCGCAGCAGGAGGAGGGCGGGGACACGGGAGAGGAGGCGCAGACAUGCAGAGACACUGACGGACAGACUGAGGCGGACAAAGAGGAGGAGACUGAGGAGCGGCCGCUCAGCAGCACAGAGCCGCCCAGCGCGCCUGCUGAGGAGGGCGCCCCCGCCGGGCAGCACUCGGGCACCAUGAACGGCUCCGUGGCGCCCGGACAGCCGCCCGGCGGCCCGGCCCCGGAGCUGCACUGCUCCGUGGAGCAGGCGGAGGAGAUCAUGGGCACGGAGGCCACAGGCCUGGGCCUGGGCCUGGGGGUGGGGGUCGGGUUGGGGCUUCCCAACGAGGCCCCGAUGGAGGACUACGGCUGCAUCCCCGUGGACCACGCCGUGGCCGUGGAGUGCGACGAACAGGUGCUGGGCGAGCUGGACGUGGCCGGCUUAGAGGAGUUCUCCAGGCGCAUCUAUGCACUGAACGAGAACAUGUCCAGCUUCCGCCGGCCGCGCAAGAACUCCGACAAAUGAGAGCCUUCGGGUGGAGGGAGCGGGAGGAAACUUGCACAGCGAGGCGACGACGGGGCCUGGACUGAUUCAAGGCAGGGACACAAACCGACGGGACGAGGGUCUCUUUACCCGCAGCGUCAGAAAUCAACAGAAUCAUUCUGGAAUUACUACCAAAUUGCACUUAUUGUAAACAUUUCCAUAGAGAUAUUUUAAUUGAGAGACAGUUCACAGUGUGAGUACUGGGACAGUGAGCUUCUCCCGUUUUCUUUUUGGUGAUCACAGACUGUCUUCUUUAUGCUCAGAAGGAAAGGAUUGUGCACGGCAUCUUCAAUAGUUUUGAUUAAUUCCAAGAAGAUGACAAAGCUGUUAUGAAGGGAUUUGAGCUGAAAUAAGAAUGCACGUCAACCCCCAAAAAAUGUGCAGAUAAAUAAUAAUCACCAAUACAAACCAACGUACAGAUGAAGUGGUGCCUGUAAAGUGAAUAACAUUGUUAGACAUUAUUUCAUUAACGUGGAAAUCCCACUGCUGUUCUUAAUCACUUGCCUACUUUGGCUAAUCUAAUAUAGUUUAGUUAUUUCGCUUUGACUUUGAGGGUUUCUGACAGGGCGCAUCAGUUGAAAGAAAAAAAAAAACACUCUUUUCCAGUCAUUGGCUUUAGAGUUUCACACUUGGUGAUAAUUUAAACCGUAUUCAGACUCAACCCUUCUUCCCUGCAUGUCAUAUUGCAGUCGGUAAGCUGAAGGGAAUCGAACAUACAAACCUGGUCAAGUGUGUCGGCUGACCUCAGGACGUCAGGUCCAGCCUCAGGCGGGUCUUUCGGAGCCGUCUGUCCCAGUAGUUCCACUGUUGACUGUACUCGCCCACAUUACCGAGCCGCCUGGCUUUCCUUCAGGUGGCUUGAAAGCGGGUGUGCACAGACGGGGUAUGGACCACGACAGUGUGUGUGUGUGUGUGUGCGCGCGUGCUUGUGUGAGUGCGUGUGUGUAUGUAUGCGUGUGUGUGUGCUUCACUAUCAGCAUGCAGCAACGGAGCAAUCCGCCAAUGACCCCGGGACACGGCGGGAUGGCGCCGCCCCGGCGUGAGGCGGGAGCUGGAACCAGAAGCAAGGCAGCAGUGAGCCGACCACCCGACACCCCCACACGGAGCUCCAGGUCCUCCUUCAGGUCUUAACGGUUGGCGCUCGCAGCACAUGGCAGGGAUUUGACGCUGCUGUUUGUCCUCUGUUUCCUUUGUUUUAUUGCAAUGUGCCCUCAUGGAUAUUCGUCCCACGGCCGACGCUCCGACCGGUCGACCAGAAAGCCUCCCCAUCCUGUCCUGCGCGUGGCUUCAGUCCCGUGUCUCCCAAUGCUUUCUUGCACUGCUGUUUCUAUUAAUUUAUGUCUCUCAUUGACCGUGUGCUUUGCUCCAGCGAUAUUUCAUUUCAUUCCCCCCCCCCCCCCACUCGGGACGUCACACAUGAAUGUUGUCACGUUGAUAUAGUAAUCCCACGUCCGGGUCCACCGCGGUGAAGACGGACCACCCACCUGCAGCCCGCUUCCUGUUCUCAGACCUGGCGGUUGCUGAAAGCUGGGAAUUAGUCGUAUUUAAAACUGAAAGAUGAACCAUGAUAGAUGAUUUCCAUAAGCGGCUGCUGUUCAGUAAGUGACCAUGUACAUAUACUUUUGUAUGGAGAUUCUUUUGUUUGGUUAUUAAAGACUUGCAGUCCAAUGGCA